GCGAGCGAGCGGGUGAGGGAAAGGGAAGGAGAAGGGGAAAAUGUAGUGAGAAAUAGAGAGUAUGAGAGAGGGAGAGAUUGAUAGCAUGUCAGGACUCAGUAGCUUCCUGUUUCUACACUCUACAUUAUACCUUUCAUUUGGACGCUGUCCAGCCAACAGGAAUAGCAGCGUGUGAGGGGACAGCAUCUCCUGCCCUGUCAGAAACAGGCUCCUGUCCAGAAAACAAGCACACACAAUUACACACACACACACACAAAUACACACACACACGUGUGCUGCGGAGAGGACUAUCGACGCAGGGGUGCAUCAUGAAGUCUCAGCAGAAAUGCAUCGUAAUCUUUGCGUUGGUGUGCUGUUUCGCCGUGCUGGUGGCCUUGAUCUUCUCAGCGGUGGAUGUCUGGGGAGAGGAUGAAGACGGUAUAACAGAGGAGAACUGUAACAAGAACUGCAGGGUAGUGCUUGUGGAGAAUAUUCCAGAAGAUGUCACCUUCUCUGAGAAUGCUACGUCCCACCUCCCCCUCUCUGCUGGGCUGCACAGCCUGUUGGACCUGGCAGUGGCUGGUCACUCUGUGGAGAUUGUGUCACCUCAAUGGAACCUGAACCCCUCCGACUAUGAAUACAGAUUCCUACAAUCUUCUAGGCAGGGUCAGGCUUUGCUGCAAAGACUGCAGGGGCUGAAGAAGAAGGGAAUCAAUUUGAAGAUAGCCAGUGGAAUGAUCAACUCUUCAGAGCUGAAGAGCCUGUCUCGUCACAGUGAGGUACACUACAUUAACAUGACAGCCCUGACCAAAGGCUUUCUGCAAUCUUCUUUCUGGGUGGUGGACAGGCAGCACAUCUACAUCGGCAGCGCCACCAUGGACUGGCGAUCACUGUCCACGAUGAAAGAACUGGGCAUCAUCGUCUACAACUGUAGUUGCCUGGCACUGGACCUGCACAGGGUAUUCAACCUCUACUGGCAGCUGCAGUAUAAGGACUUUAUACCGUCCAUGUGGUCCAAAAGGCUGAGCGCCCUGUGGAACAAAGAUGAGAACCUUCCACUUCUCUUCAACAACACCAAGGCUGAAGUCUUUGUCUCUAGCUCUCCAGAUGUCUUCUGCCCUAAAGACAGGACCAGAGACCUUGAUGCCAUAUCCUACGUGAUCCAAAAGGCCAAGAGGUUCAUAUACAUAUCCAUUACAGACUAUCUGCCUCUCACUAACAGGAAUGCUCACAGAUACUGGUCACGUAUAGACGGGAUGCUUCGGGAGGCCUUGAUCCUGAGGAACAUCGAAGUGCGUCUGCUAGUAAGCUGCUGGGAGCAGACGCAUCCCCUGACCUUUAACUUUGUGUGGUCCCUGAAGACCCUGUGCAUGGAGCUGGCCAACUGUUCAAUGGAGGCUAAGUUCUUCAGCCCCAGGGAGCAGAGAGAUGGCACGCUACAGGGAAUCAACCAUAACAGAUUAAUGGUGACAGACAGUGCUGUGUACAUAGGCAACUUUGACUGGGUGGGGAAUGAGUUUACGUUCAACGCUGGAGCAGGCUUGGUGAUCAAUCAGGCGGAGGGGAUGAAAGAGAAGAACUCAACGUUGGUGGAACAGGUGAGGGCUACGUUCGAGCGGGACUGGUAUUCACGCCACACCAAGAGCCUGCAGGCUAACAAGAUCCCAGUCUGCAACAAGCACCAGCUCAACCAACUGGCACAUCUCAAAAUCGCUCAACCAACAGAGCGCAAUGGGAGUAAGGAGAGUCCCAAUGGCUCCCUGUGAAUCCGAAGACGUGGUGCGUUACAAGACUGAUUUAUGCAGGCUUUAAGAGAAAAAUAACAGUUUAAUACUGAAAUCGGACACUGUAGACGUAAUAUAGGACUUGGAGGGCAACCUUCUGCUUAUUUCAUCCUGACUGUUUCUUACAGAAGACAUUCAUGGGAAGGGAACUGAUCAAAUAAAUUGAUUUUCUAUUGAAUGCUGAACCUCAGUAAAUAUAGUUCAUCGUUAAAUCCAUUUAGCCAAUAAUGACAUCAUUCAUCACAACCCUUUAAAACCCUCUCUGGCCCAAGCAGGUUGGAGCUGCAUGGACAGUAGUGUGGAGAUAUCCUAUACAAUCUAUACUCCAAAAGGUGUUUACCUGGUGUGUCUUCAAUUUUCAUUUACAAAGUGCAGCAUACCUCCAACCUCGACCAAAUGAACUGGGGCCAGCUGAUCAAAUGAAACUAAUGGGGAAAAUAGGAAUGCCAGAAACCUCACCUGACUCCUAAGAUAAAGACAUCUAUUUGAUGUUUAUUGUUGCAGAGUAAAGACAAUUAUGCCCCAUUGGCAUUCAUCUAUUUUGGUAUCAUGUCUAAAAUUCUGUUUUGGUCUAAACCAGAAUGUAAACUGACUGGGGUUGAUCUCAGAAUCUUGACUCAAUUUCCAGCAUCCAAUUUUAAGUAAAAGUUGAUGUCUUCUAUUCUGUAUAUUUUCUUUGUUGGAAACACUCAAUAGGGUACAACUAGAUAUUUAACCUGUGAUAGAGCUUUAGGGCUGUUAUGUUUUUAACAUGAUCAAAAAUGUAUAUAUUAUUAAUUAUUUUUUGAGCGUCUUGCUUCCUGAAAAGUGUUGAAACCACCAUGUCCCUGGACAGUACUUAGUUUGUAAUGGAUAUGCUAUCAUACCCUGGUCUUAUGCAUAGGUUAAAACGAAAACCAACUGCAGCGGUCAAUAGCAUACUAACAUUGGAAGGAGCUGAGCUGCCCUUUUAAGGUCUAAGACAAGGAUGGGCAACUGGCGGCCCCCCUUUUGUAGGCCCACGGAUCAAUUUUCAAAGCCUUAAAACAAAAGAUCUGUCAGGGUCUCAACUUACUGUUGAGUUAGAAUAGUAUAAUACACAAGGUGACAUUUUGAAAUGUAGUUGUGCAUCAGCAGUUUCUCUCGUUAUGUCAGUCACUCAUUUAGCCCAUGUCAGCAAAAACAACUGUGAUUGUAAGUUAGUCCUGCGGCCAGUUAUCUAAACUUUUAGUAAUCAUGGUUGAAUUACCGAUUUGGGGGGCCUCCAUUGAUGUUGUUAGUCACAUCAUAUUAAAAACUGCAAACCUUUCUCUCCACCCCAUGACAAAAUUAGUAGAAUUGCAUGAAAUUAGUUAUAAAAUUGAGAAAUCUUCUCCGCCUCAUGGCAAAUGGGGCGGCAGGGUAGCCUAGUGGUUAGAGCGUUGGACUAGUAACCGGAAGGUUGUGAGUUCAAACCCCCGAGCUGACAAGGUACAAAUCUGUCGUUCUGCCCCUGAACAGGCAGUUAACCCACUGUUCCCAGGCCGUCAUUAAAAAUAAGAAUUUGUUCUUAACUGACUUGCCUGGUUAAAUAAAGGUAAAAUAAAAAUAAAUAAAUAUGUAUAGAAUUGCAGGAAAUUAACUCUGAAACGUAUAACUUCCACUUAAUGGCCCCCAAAAGGCUCUGAUUGCAUGUGUGAGUAUGGAUGUGGGUACACAGACCCGUGAGCCACUGCUGCCCCCUAUGAUGAGUUUAGCUUUGUUGUGGCCCCCACCCUCAUCAAAGUUACCCAUCCCUGGCAUUUGUUUGGUAAAAUUACAAGACAAUGAUUUUACCUAAUGGAAUAUUGGUCCUAGAUUCCCAAGGUAUUCGUGAAUAAUUAGGUUUAUUAGGUAUAACUGGAAAAGGGUGUUGAACCAGUGGGACAACUGUAGCUCUCUUUAAAAACAGAUGUUGACUUAUUGAACAGAUAUUGUAAACAAUUGGAGGCUAUUUCAGUCAGUAAGAUCAAUAGCAUGACUUUUUAAAGACUGCUAAACACCAUUUCCAGUUCCCCCUAGGACAUGUUUUGAAAUAAGACCUUAUGCAUUGGACUUAACACCGGCAGAGAAAGUAACCACAGCAACUCUUUACACCACACGCAUGAUACACUUUGCGCCGGAAUAUCAAAGAUGAUCAACUACAGGAGUUGUCAACACCUUUUUAUGAACAUGUCACUCCAAUGACUAAAUACUGUAUGUAAUAGGCCUAUCUGUGGUGUUUGAUUGGCAUUACACUUCUAUUAAUUCUGUUUCAUCUGUCUUUUCAUGGUAAUAUAAUGGGAGAAUACUUUCUCCAUGUUUACAGGUGGUUCCCUUCACACAUUAUUUUAUAACUGGGGUUCUGUUAUAUCAUAUUCUGAUACAAGAAAAAUAUGAAUAGUAAAUUGAAAAAAUUAAUACGUUUGUCAGCGUUAACCAGUACAUAAAUGUAGCAUUAACACAUCUAUGAUGUACACUGCUCUUAUGGCAGACAAUGUUCUUAAUCUGACAGUAAAUAUCUGUACAACAACUUACCCUUUAACUACAGGUAACUGCCAAAAUAUAGGAAACAUCAGUGUCUUAAUAGGGCGUUGGGCCACCACAGGCCGCCAGAACAGCGUCAAUGAGCCUUGGCAUCGAUUCGACAUGUGUCUGCAACUAUUGGAGGGAUGCAACACCAUUCUUCCACGAGAAAUUCAAUCAUUCGUUUUUUUGUUGAUGGUGGUGGAAAACGCUGUCUCAGGCACCGCUCCAGAAUCUCCCAUAAGUGUUCAAUUGGGUUGAGAUCUGAUGACUGAGACACACACACCCUUUAAACCCCCUAUGCUCCUUUGAGACCCCUCUUUCAAAGGCACAGAUAUCUCUUCUAGCCAUGGUAGUCAAAGUAAUGGGCAACUGGGCAUUUGUAUACAUGACCUUAAGCAUGAUGGGAUGUUUUAAUUGCUUAAUUAACCCAUGAACCACACCUGUGUGGAAUGAACCUGCUUUCAAUAUAUAUACUUUGCAUCCCUCAUUUACUCAAGUGUUUCCUUUAUUUUGGCAGUUACUUUUAUGUCCUCAUGUCAUAAAGAGGUAGUCAAAGGCAUAGGACUGCUGUUGGUGCAACAGUCCAGAGUAGGCUACUUUAUAUAUUGUUUUACAAGUGCAUCAAUAGUGACUGUCAAUGAUCUGUUUAGGAAUGCACUUUGUCACUGCACAAGAAACAUAUUUUCUUAUUCAAUUGCUGGCAAACCUUCAGUCACUGUAUUGCUCUUGAUGUAGCAAUUCUGGGAUAAACAUUUCCUAACCUAUACAUCGAACCCAUUCAUAACAGAUCAGAGCAAACCAAAUGUGGGUGUGUCCCAGAUACAACCUACAGUAUAAACUGUCCCUGAUUCACUGUUGCCACCUAGAGUUUGUUUAAGGAAAGAUUAUUUCUCUCACCUGCAAACAAGCACAAAAGAUGUCUGAAUACAAAGUAAAGAUUAAUGAAUAGUCUUAGUCCUCAUCAUCACUUGCGCAUUAGACAGACAGCCUACAUUUUAUUAGAAUAGUCUCCUGUGUAGUUUUUCAAAAUGUUAGAUUAGAUUUGUACAUCCACAGUAGGCAAACAUGUCAUACGCUACUACUGAAUGGUAAAUUAAUUCAUUUAAAAGGUAUGAUUGUAAUAAUAGCUUGAAGGAUACCACUGUGGUCAAGGUGAUUUACAGUUAAUUUAAAAGCACAUUGCAUCACAACACAUGGAAGACCAGUGGAGGCUGCUGAGGGGAAGAUGGCUCAUAAUAAUGUCUGGAAUAGAGCAAAUGGAAUGGCAUCAAACCAUGUGUUUGAUGUAUUUGAUACCAUUCCACUCAUUCUGCUCCAGCCAUUGCCACGAGCCCGUCCUCCCCAAUUAAGGUGCCACCAAACUCCUGUGUUGAAGACAUUGAUUGGGCUGGUUCGACAUUGCAGCCGACAGUGCAGGCGACUGCCUGUUCUACAAAUCACCUUGCAUUGUAAAUAGCUGCUCAUUAUUUGUUUCAGUCAGUCACAAUUGACCCAUAAUACAUUGCGGUUUUGAUGCUCUCAAACAUGACCAUUCAUUUCGAUACUAUUACAGUACAAUGACUGCCCUCUGGAGGACAAUAUGUCCCACCAGUUAAUUAUAUACUUAACAAAAAUAUAAAACGCAACAUGUAAUUUUACUGAGUUUACAGUUCAUAUACAGAAAUCAGUCAAUUUAAAUAAAUGCAUUAGGCCCUAAUCUAUGGAUUUCAUGUGACUGGGAAUACAGAUAUGCAUCUGUUGGUCACAGAUACAUUAAAAAAGAUGAUAGGAUCAGAAAGCCAGUCAGUAUCUGGUGUGACCACCAUUUGAUUGUGGCAUGUGCAAAGUUGUCCCACCCCUCUAAUGGCUGUGCGAAGUUCUUGGAUAUUGUCGGGAGCUGGAACAUGCUGUCGUACAUGUCAAACCAGAGCAUCCCAAACAUGCUCAAUGGGUGACAUGUCUGGCGAGUAUUCAGUCCAUGGAAGAACUGAGACAUUUUCAGCUUCCAGGAAUUGUGUACAGAUUCUUGUGACAUGGGGCAGUGCAUUAUCAUGCUGAAAUACGAGGUAAUGGCGGCAGAUAAAUAGCCUCAGGAUCUCGUCACGGUAUCUCUGUGCAUUCAAAUUGCCAUCGAUAAAUGCAAUUGUGUUCGUUGUCCAUAGCUUAUGCCUGCUCAUACCAUAACCCCACCGCCACCAUGGGGCACUCUGUUCACAACGUUGACAUCAGAAAACCGCUCACCAACAUGAUGCCAUACACGUGGUCUCCGGUUUUGAGGCAUAUUGGACGUACUGCCAAAUUCUAUAAAAUGACAUGAGGGCAGUUUAUGGUAGAGAAAUUAACAUUCAAUUAUGUGGCAACAGCUCUGGUGAACAUUCCUGAAGUCAGCAUCCCAACUGCACGUUCAUUCAAAACUUGACACAUUUGUGGCAUAGUGUUGUGUGAUAUAACUGCACAUUUUAGAGUGGCCUUUUUUGAGAAAUAAUAUUUUUGUGCAUAUGGAAAAUGUCAGCUUAUGAAACAUGGGACCAACACUUUAUGUUGCAUUUAUAUUUUUGUUCAGUGUACAUUACACCAUCUCUGUUUCCAAAUGUACAAAUAAGCAGAGUAAGUCAUGCCUUACAAAUAUGUUCUCAUGCAUAAUACAACAUACUUUUUUUGCUUAAUUUUGGCAUGCCCACUGUUGCAUGCCCUGUCUUUAUGAACUGUAGGAUUAAAGUACAAUAGACAGCCUUAUUUUAACAAUAUAUAUUUCAAAAUACAAAAAUAGUGUAUAUUUAUUGUAUAACCUUGAUGCCUAUAUCGAAUUGAUACAUUUAAUGUUUUCUCUUAAUAAAAAAAAAUCUGGUAUGUA